AUGAACAGGAUUAUACAAGGAUCAUCAGAACCUCAGUUCACCUCAGAAGAAUAUAUGAGCCUUUACACAACUCUCUAUAACAUGUCUAUUCAACAACCUCCUCAUAAUUAUUCUCAGCAGCUCUAUGAAAAGUAUCAGGAGACAAUUGAGGAAUACAUUUCUUCAACAGUGCUGCCGCCCCUAAUGGAGAAGCAGGAUGAGUUUAUGUUGCAGGAGUACGUCAAAAAUUGGGUAAAUGCUAAUGUGAGAUAUUAUGUACUUGGACUUAUGCAUAAAGAACGUGAGGGAGAGAAAAUUGACAGAGCACUACUAAAGAAUGUGAUAAAUAUAUAUGUUGAAAUUGAAAUGGGAGAAUUGGAUGCGUAUGAAAAGGACUUCGAAGAAUACAUGCUCAUUGAUACUCGCAAGUACUAUUUGCAUAAAGCAUCAAGUUGGAUUUUGGAGUACUCGUACACGGAUUACAUGUUGAAGGUAGAGGCAUGCUUGAGAAGGGAGAGGGAUAGAGUUUCUUGUUACCUGCUUCCGAGCAGUCAGAAGAAGCUAAUGGAGACAGUGAAACAUUGCUUGGUGGUUGUUCAUGGAAGUCAAUUGAUUCAGAAGAAGCAUUCUGUAUCUGGAUGUACUUUGCUCACGGUUGAAAAUCUGGAGGAGCUUUCUAGGAAAUUUAUUGCUAAUUUGGCAUUGGAACAGCGAGUCUCUGCUAAAGGUUCACCAUUUAUUCGACAGGCAGAAGAUGUAGCAAUGAUUGAGGAUUGA